ACUCCUGCCAGGAAGUUGUUGGUAUUCGGGGAAUAACAAAGAGACAAAUACAGGCAUAUUAAACUCGUCGCAACUACACGCGGGUAAUCUAUUAAACGCAUAAUAUAUCUGGACAUUUACUGAAGGACUAUGGACUAAUCGAGGAGUAAUCGAUGGAGGCACAGAUAAGUUUUAGUCUCGUCUGGUUUCUGCUGCUGUUGGGCAUAACAGGCGCUACAGCCAGAGAAGUAUGUCUCGGGACAGAUAUGAAGCUGGCUUUACCCUCCAGUCUUGAGAAUCAUUAUGAGAUGCUCCGGCUGCUGUAUACGGGCUGUCAGGUGGUUCAUGGUAACCUGGAGAUCACACACCUGCAGGGCUCACCAGACCUCUCAUUCCUGCAGGGUGUAGUGGAGGUUCAGGGUUAUGUACUGAUAUCUCACGUUUCAGUGCAAUCAGUUCCUUUGGACAGUCUGCGCAUCAUACGUGGCAGUCAACUCUAUAACUCCAGCUAUGCUCUCGCAGUACACGACAACAUUCACCACAGUCAGGCAGGACUUGGUCUGAGGGAGCUACUCCUUAGGAAUCUCACAGAAAUUCUGCUUGGUGGGGUUUAUAUUUGGGGAAAUCCUCAACUGUGCUUCCCUCGGAAUAUUAAGUGGGAUGACACCGUCUAUAAAAUUCAAAGCAAACUGUUGCACCUGCAAGACGUGCCAAAGAACUGUCCUAUUUGUUCUUCAGCAUGUGGGUCUGGUGGAUGUUGGGGGAAAACGGAUCAGGACUGUCAAACAUUGACCUCUGUCCAUUGCUCAUCUGGUUGUUUCCGCUGUAAGGGUCCGAGACCUAAUGACUGUUGUCAUGUGCAGUGUGCUGCUGGAUGCACAGGGCCGAAAGACUCUGACUGUCUGGCCUGUCGUCACUUUAAUGACAGUGGGACGUGUAAAGACAAUUGCCCCCUGCCCAACAUCUAUGACCCAAUAACCUUCCAGUCCAAACCCAACAAGGACAAAAAGUUCAGCUUUGGAGCUACAUGUGUAAAAAAGUGUCCACAUAACUAUUUGGCCAUGGAGGUGGCGUGUACCAUGGUUUGUCCCAAAGCUAACCAGGAAGUCAUUACUAUUCAAACAGAUGGACAAGAAACACAGAAAUGUGAAAAGUGUGAAGGAGAGUGUCCUGAAGUGUGUUAUGGGUUAGGUAUGGGAAACCUUCAGGGCGUGUCAGUUGUGGACGCCACCAACAUUGGCAUGUUUGUUGGCUGUAAGAAGAUCUACGGCAGUUUAGCUUUUCUUUCGGACUCAUUUAAAGAGAACACUGUUACCAAUUUAUCUGGACUGCAGUGGAGUGACUUGGAGAGGUUGAAGACUAUAGAGGAGAUCACAGGAUAUCUGUACAUUGACGCAUGGCCAGAUUAUUUGCCUGAUCUGAGUGUUUUUGAAAACUUGAAGGUUAUCAGAGGAAGAAUGCUUUACAAGGGUGUUUUCUCUUUGGGAGUUCAGUCUUUGCAUAUCGAGUCUCUCGGUUUGCGUUCAUUGCGCAGUGUCAGUGGUGGUUUAGCUCUGAUUCAUAAUAACUCUAGACUGUGCUACAUCUCCUCUCUGAACUGGACCUCUCUGCUACACCCCACGCAGGGACCCAACCUCAUCAGCAACAACAACCAAGACCAACAAACAUGUGUUUCGGAGGGCAGGGUGUGUGACCCCCUGUGUGCUAAGACGGGAUGCUGGGGCCCGGGACCUGGCCUGUGUGUGUCUUGUGUUAAUUACAAACGUGGGAUGGAGUGUGUGGAGCAGUGUAAUGUCCUACAGGGGUUAGUACGGGAGUUUGUGGAUGGUUCUGGCUGUGUCUCGUGCCACCCAGAAUGUCGAGCAGUCAAUGGCUCUGCCUCCUGUACAGGCCCUGGUCCAGAACAGUGUAAGGAGUGUAUGCACUUUCAGGAUGGAGAUGUGUGUGUGGAGCGCUGUCCCAGUGGUGUGAAAGAGGACCAGCACACUGUGUGGAAAUACUUCAAUGCUACAGGACACUGUCUGCCCUGUGAGACCAACUGCACUGUCUCGUGUCCAUUAGAUGAUAGGGGGUGCCCCAUCCAACAGAAAACUGGGCCUGGUACAACCAUUGCGAUCACAGUUGGUGGCGUGUUUCUCUUCAUCAUUUUGCUGGCAUUGCUGGUGUUUUACCUGCGCCGACAGAAGCAUCAGAAGAAAAAAGAAACCUUAAGGAGAAUUCUGCAAGAGCACGAGCUGGUGGAGCCUCUGACUCCGAGUGGAGCAAUGCCCAAUCAGGCUCAGAUGCGCAUCCUUAAAGAGACAGAGCUUAAGAAACUCAGAGUGCUGGGAUCUGGAGCCUUUGGCACAGUCUAUAAGGGUAUCUGGGCACCUGACGGGGAGAACAUUAAGAUCCCAGUGGCCAUUAAGGUUUUACGUGAGAACACCUCACCCAAAGCCAACAAAGAAAUCUUGGAUGAGGCGUAUGUUAUGGCAGGCGUGGUGAGUCCAUAUGUGUGCCGUUUGCUGGGUAUCUGUCUGACUUCUACGGUUCAGCUAGUCACUCAGCUCAUGCCGUACGGAUGUUUGUUGGACUAUGUCAGAGAGAACAAGGAUCACAUUGGCUCUCAGUACCUCCUCAACUGGUGUGUACAGAUUGCUAAGGGAAUGAGUUACCUUGAAGAAGUGAGGCUGGUUCACAGAGACCUUGCAGCUCGGAACGUUCUGGUCAAAAACCCAAACCAUGUGAAGAUUACAGACUUUGGGUUGGCCAGACUGUUGGACAUAGAUGAGACCGAGUACCACGCUGAUGGGGGAAAGGUGCCCAUCAAAUGGAUGGCACUUGAGUCCAUAUUACACCGGAAGUUUACUCACCAGAGUGAUGUAUGGAGUUAUGGGGUGACUGUAUGGGAACUGAUGACCUUUGGCAUGAAACCAUAUGACCUCAUACCGGCACGGGACAUUCCAGAACUGCUGGAGGAGGGAGAGAGGCUCCCUCAGCCAUUCAUCUGUACCAUAGACGUGUAUAUGAUCAUGGUCAAAUGUUGGAUGAUCGAUCCCGAAAGUCGGCCACGAUUUAAGGACCUGGUGGCUGAUUUCACCUCCAUGGCACGGGAUCCCCCACAUUAUGUAGUCAUUCAAAAUGAUGAGCAAAUGAGUUUGUCGAGUCCCGUUGAUAGUGAGUUUUUCCGCACUCUAAUGGCAGAGGAAGGGGGUAACGUGAAGGAGUUACUGGAUGCAGAAGAAUAUCUGGUGCCCCAGCCUGACGUCUUCAACACACAAGGAGAAAUCAGAGCUAAUGGACCCAGCAGACACCACUCACACCGGAGCACAGAUCAAGGCUUUGUGAUGGAUGGUAUGCCAAGUGGGAAGGGUUUAUACUCCUCUGUCAGCACUUUGGGGCAGAGUCAGUACCCAACCCUUCCUGUGGGGGCAACAGCCAAUGGGAUGUGGGCAGGGCCACAGUACCCCUCCCUUGUACGGAGCAUUUCACACCGUUCAGCUGGGGGCCAAUCAGAUUCUGUGUUUCUGGAUGGGGACGUGGAGGGAAACAGCCCUCCAUCCAGUCCUGGGCGCUACUCUAAAGACCCCACCAUCCCCUAUGGCAUAGAUGCAGAGUUGGAGGCCGAUGGUCCUAUCGCUUUCCUUUCACACACACUACCACGUGGAGCACACACACAACCUGAGUAUGUGAACCAGGAUGUCCCAUCAGAGCAUCCCAGCACCCUUCCGCGCAAAGCAGGCGAGAGGCGGUUCAUUAAUGGUCUGUGUACAGGGCACAGUGUGGAGAACCCAGAACACCUGGUUCUUGUGGGCAACAUGUCACCCACUUCACCUGCCUUUGACAAUCCCUACUAUCAUGAUAUUGCUGCUAAAGCUAAGGCAAUCACCGGAGCAUCCCUGAAUGGCGGUCCAACUCACAGGCAGCCUAAGGGCUACAUGACCCCCACAGCAGAAAAUCCAGAGUACCUGGGCUUAGCAGAGACAUGGAGUGGUCAAGUCGAGUAUACUUGAGUGAAAUAAUGUGGUACAGCAAAUGUGUGACUGUAAUGACAAGGUGGUGUAUGAGUGAAUGAAUGAGUAAUGUCAUGUAUUUUGUGAAGGACGUUCAGGCCUCUGGGAAUGGUUUCUCUUGACUGUCUUCUAAAUCAUCACAAAACCCAAUGUAGCAUUUUGAAUGGGAGUUUGAACUUGAAAAUGGAUGCAUCUUUGCCAAAACAAUCAGCUUUGGAAAUUUAUCUGACAGAAAAAUGUGGUACGAGCUUUUUGGUACAAGCUUUUUAGUAUGUUUUUUUAAGACAGUUUGAAUGAUGACAAUGUUAAAUAACACUGGAUCCAACAAUAUGUCUUCGGAUAUAACACUACUAUAUGGCUUUUAAUUUAGGAUUUAUUUUGCUCAUCUUGCAAGGACAUCACAUCACACCAUUUUCUGAAGGUUCAAUUCAGAACCAAUACCAUAAUCUCUGGUUUUACAGACAGCUGUGUGAGAGCAGAACGGGUGUGUAGCAUUGGUGUAACUCUUGAUAAAAGCUUGACAGCUUGACACAAUCAAAGCCAUUCUGUUGACUAUGUGAAGGCCCUGAAUGAGCAGCUAGACUACUGUGCCAAUAUAUGAAAGAGACAUCAUUGCCAAAGGAAAAUGGUGUAACUGACCAUGAAGAUUCAUCAACAUUUUUCCUCUGUAAUAUAUCCACCUUUUUAUACAUUUGUGGGUAUUUUUUUAAUUCCUUUUGGUUCUUAUAGUAAUGAUUAUCUUCAUUAUGGACUUGCUAGCAGUUGUACAGUGAAAUGAUGAUGAUAUGUAGAGCAAGGUGGUGAAUCGCGCAAAGGGGUGUCACAAUCAUUUUUUAUCCCAAUUCAAAGAAAUUAUAUUUAGCAUUAAAAAAAUGAAGCACAUUUUAGGACUAUUGAGAAAACUUAAAAUUUGUAUUUAUUUUAUUUUUAUUUUACAAAUUUUAAUGGCAAUUAAAAACAUUUUCCAUGCAAAUUUGCAGUAACGUUAUGUCUGGAAAUUGUUGUUUUGAGGUUUUUUUUUUUUGGUUUGUUUUGUUUUUGUACUUCCCAUAAUUCUCAAAGUUGACUAUUAAAUAUCAUUAGAUUCUCAUUAUUGCAAUGCAGCUGCAGAAAAAUAUUGAAAUACAAUGUUUUUUUUUUAAAUAAACAUAAAUGAUUAAGUCAGUACAACAACAUGAUAAAUAAAAACUUUACAGUUAAAAUGAGAAAUAAUUUUCCUCAUAUUACUGUAAUGAGAUUUAGGUUUUUUAUUUUAUGUAAGUGAGAGGGAAAUGUGCUUAACUCUCUUGAAAAUAAUGUCUCUCAAUCUCUCUUAAUCGUCCUAAAAUAGGCUUCGUCAACUUGCAAAAUAGGAUUUCUCUUUGCUUGCUUUAAUUUUGGGUAUAUUUUUAUAUCUCACUUAUAUAUUUGUUAUAUAUUUUUUAAUGCUAAAAAAUUUGUCAAAGGAAUCAUUGCUUUACCAAACCAAGUUACUUUUUUGUAGUAUUGUAUACAAUGUGUUAUUAAUUGAUUUGAUGGGACCCUUCAGUUAGUUUCCGAUUACCUUUUAAUUUUGUUAUCUGAUUUUGCAAAAAAAAUAAACAAGGAAGACUAAGCCAGCUCAAAAUGUCCAUGUAUAUAUAAUGCCUAUUGUGAUAACUUAAUGAGAUCUCCUAAAUUUGCUUCACAUAUACACACUAAGAUGGCUAACACUAAACACAGUGCUGUGCUGUAAAUACUUCACAUUUAAGAAUGCAAUCUAAUUUCCAUAAAUUAGCAGCUGUUGCUUCUGGGUGGACAAAUGCCACUUCAGUGCCUCCAUUGUUCCAUCCUGUGCCUUUUGUGAACUACCCGACUCAAGCGGCCAGUUAAUGUGAAUCUUUUGAGAUGUGUGUAUUUUGGACCAAGUGAAAUCACUCAAAACUGAUGAUGAACUUAUGAGUUGAGUAGCUGGACAUCGAAAUGCACCAUACCAUUAGCAUGCAUAUUAUCACUCUCUCCAAACAAUUAAAUGAUUGUAUUUGAAAAUACAGGAAUGGUGGUAAAACGUUUUGUUGAUUUUUUGCCUAGUCUCUCUACAUACCCAUCACUGAUACAUUUUCUAAUGCCCAAGCUACUGUAUCUAAAAAAUCUGAGAAAUAAAAAAUUAUGAAAGAGCAUAAUUUAAAGGUGUAUAUAAUAUGUAAUUUCUGCAACACUAGUGGUACUAAACUGAAUUGAAAUCAGUUUGUUCGAGCACUCUGACAUAGCAACAUUGGCUCAACCAGUGACAUGAGUUUGGGGUGGAAAUAUCCACUAAUUCUAUAUGCUAGUGGCAGGUAUAGUAGGUGCAACUUUGCAAAUAAAAAAGCCUAACAUUUGAUUUCUAAAAGUGGUACCCAGUGGCCCCAAACUUCAGUUUGCAGUCUAUGUGCCAAAAGCCUUGGUCUUCAGCUUUCUUUGACCAUAUAGGACCUGGGCCCUGGAAAAUGACACGCUUCAUUUUUGACCUGUCGGAUCGCUUAUUUAUCUCCUUUAGGUAUGAGAUUCUUUACUCAGAUGUUCACUUAAUUUCUCUACCCAAGAUCCCUGUUUACACCUGGUAUUACCAUGAGUCUCAAAUGUGUCUUCUGUGAUCACUUGUGUUUUAGA